GCUAGUAACGCACCCGGAGUCCCAGAUGGCUUCCGUGACUGAUAGUAAAGCUGGAGUCAAAGAUGCUUCCGACCAGAAUUUUGACUACAUGUUCAAACUGCUCAUCAUCGGCAACAGCAGCGUUGGCAAAACUUCCUUCCUCUUCCGCUAUGCUGACGACACCUUUACCCCAGCCUUCGUCAGCACUGUGGGCAUUGACUUCAAGGUGAAGACAGUCUACCGCCAUGAAAAACGAGUGAAGCUGCAGAUCUGGGACACAGCUGGACAAGAGCGGUACCGGACCAUCACAACAGCCUAUUACCGUGGGGCCAUGGGCUUCAUUCUGAUGUACGACAUUACCAAUGAGGAUUCCUUCAAUGCUGUCCAAGAUUGGGCUACUCAGAUCAAGACCUACUCCUGGGACAAUGCACAGGUUAUCCUGGUUGGGAACAAGUGUGAUAUGGAGGAAGAGAGGGUUGUUCCCGCUGAGAAGGGCCGGCUCCUUGCAGAGCAUCUUGGGUUUGACUUCUUUGAAGCCAGCGCCAAGGAGAACAUCAGUGUGAGGCAGGCCUUCGAGCGGCUGGUAGAUGCCAUUUGUGACAAGAUGUCUGAUUCGCUGGAUACGGACCCCUCCAUGUUGGGCACCUCCAAGAACACCCGUCUCUCGGACACCCCACCGCUGCUGCAGCAGAACUGCUCGUGUUAGGCAAGGCCCACCCUCCUGAUCUCCCCUUCUUGUGACCCCAGACCCACUCUGCUUUCCCCAUUACACUCUGUCC